CAUCACCAGGUUCAUACCCUCCUACCUGUUGAAAACAUGAGCAGAAGGUGGAGCUUGGGUGUUAACCACAGAGCUUUGACUCCAAGGAAACCACCAGUGCCUCCCUUGAGCAAUACAUGAGAGCAGCAAAGCAGGAACUUGCCAGGGUUUUUUGAUUGCUGCCUACCAAAUCCACAAUGAAGACCUUCUUGACAACUGAGACCUGAAGAUGUUGAUUUACUUUUCACAUCCUAACCAAAACUGAGGUUGGAACCCACAAACUGCGCUAAUGAUCUCGACACGAAAGGAAAGUCUGAAUUCACCCAGUUUGGAUGAUUCAUUCUUUCCCUUCACCUCAUCGACCCCUAUCGCCCGGCAUCGCAUAAUGGGCCCAGGGGUCGGAGCAAACCACCUGCUAGCGUCCCACGUCGAUCAUGAGAACAGCUCAACUAUGCUGGAGAAGGAUCUCAUCCUGGCAGCGGAGGUGGGCCAAGCUCUUCUGGAGAGGAACGAAGAGCUGGAAGCUCAUCUGGAACAGAUGAGACGAGACAAAGAGGCUUUGCAGCAGGAGAAGCAUACGCUUCAGAGACGCCUGGAGGUAUGGGAAAUGGAGGCCGGGCUGCGGGAGGCCGAGCUCCAGGCUGAUAUCACCUCACUACGACAACAGUUGGACCAGAAACAUAGCCAGGGUCAAGACAGACGUCGUGAAGAAAGCGAGCAGCUUACACAACUGUCCAAUCACAACCAGAAGCUGGUGGAGCAGCUGGCUGAGGCAGUGUCGCUGGAGCACUCUCUACGCCUCGAGCUUCGCUCUCUAAGGGAGGACAUGGAGGACACUAGUUUGAGCAGAUCAAUAAGCUCUGCUCGGCUGGACAGCAUGCAAGCAGAGAAUCGAGUUCUUAAAGAGCGUUGCUCCAACAUCGACAAGCAGCUGAAGUCAUCAGAAGAGGAUAUCGAGAGGAUGAGGAUUGAGAGGGAUGGAAUGCGUGCGAGACUCCUUGAACUCCAGACCGACCUGAAAGAAAAGGAGGCUGAGCUGGAGCAGCACCAGAGCGAGGCAUUCCAGUUACGCACCAUGAAUCGGAGCCUCCAGCAAAAAAUCCAGGUGCUUGGAGAAGAAGCCAGUCUCGAAGAGGUUACAUGCUUUCCCCUGUCCCUCCAAAGCGAACUGCAACAGUCACAGGACAGAGAAAGCAUCUUGGCCCAUUCUGAUAUCCUGCAGGAGAAGGAGGAGGAGAUUGACAGGCUUAAGAAAGAGCUGAAGUCCAGCCAGGACGAAUUGGCAGCGCUACGAAAAGAACUCGAGCAGUUCCAUAGCGAUCCCAGCAAACGACCGUACAGUGCCCUGGAGGAAGAGCUGGAAUCCGCGCGCCAGGAGCGCGACACCCUCAACCAGCAGCUCCUGAACACCAUCAGGCACAAGGUGGCGCUCUCUCAGGAAGUCGAAUCGUGGCAGGAGGACAUGCGACUGGUGAUCUCUCAGCAGGUACAGCUACAGGUACAAGAACGGGAGAAGAAGAAAGAGACGGAGAAGAUGGAGUCUCCCCUGCAAAGAAACAUUCGCAAAAACAGAUCUUUCCGUUUACCAAGAGAGGAGGGGAAAAAGAGUUUCUUUUCUUCUCUGUUUGGUGGGGAAUAAAAAAAAAAAGUUGGCGAAAAAACACUUGUGGCAAAACUACAGAAAGGAAGAGGAUGCUAAACUACUGAAAAGGACCAAUGAAAAAAAAAAAAAAGCAUCUCUGAGUAAUUAUUUUGUUCAGGAUUGUAAAUAAUACGAAGGAGACUAAACAUAGUGUAUACAAUGGCAUGACAUUCAUGCAUAUUU